AGUUGAGUUUGUUGUUCUCCUCUGUUCUUUUCUUUUAUCUUCAACCUCAGUCACUUAAUAAAACCCAAAGCAGAAAAACUUUCACAAUUUGAAGUUAUAAGUUAUCUUUUGUUUUCACAAUAAAUCAGCUCAUAUGCAAACAUUAUCUUCUAAGCGGACACCUAUCCAUCCACACUGCCCAUCAAAUCUGUUAUUAUUCUUAAUAUCUCUAGCUCUGACCAUCUCUAGUGUGAGCUCCCGUGUCUUAAGUCCUGUCCCUCUAAAUAACUCGAUCCUGAUCUCUGAUGGCAUCCAUGGCGCCUCGGAGUAUGAGUUUCUCACUCUAGAUCCUCCAAAGAACGUCUCUAAAGCAGCUUGCCUUCAUGUCUACGGGUUUCUUCCAUGUGCAGACAAUAUUGGAGGUUAUGCCUUCCAAGUUUUCUCUUUUGGGUGUCUCUUGGUCAUCGGUGACUAUUUCUUGUCUGAAGGAAGAUCAAAACUCUUUGUAAUCUUCGAGGUCGGUUUCUAUGGUGGUAUUGUCUUCCCUCUUCUUACAAUGUUCCCAAGAAUUGUCCUUAUGCUCUCGCCUGGAUUAUCAGCGACCCAUGAUGAUGCUCUGGCGAUUGUGGGUAGCAACGUUGGUGUUACUGUAGGGUACACAGUUUUUGCUCUAACAAUGCAAUGGGGAGCUUGUGUUGUCUUUGGUUUGACUAGCCCUAGUUCAGGCCAGUCAACCCCAAGAGGAUCAAUCAAAAGAACAACCUCUGAUACAAAGAAUCCAAGAAGAGGGUUUUACAGGACGAAGAUACUGAAAAACAUCGUUGAAGCAAACGUAGAUGCGGAUCCUAAGAACAAGAAAUCUGCAGGGAUUAUGCUUCUCACUCUAGCUCCAUUUCUCAUGGUGACAUUGCCUGAUUUACUUGAUGCACAAGCUUGGAGUGACAUCACUAUUUUGAUCACUCUCAUAAUCACCGUUUCUUCAACCUUCAUCUACUUUGUUUACUCGUAUUUUGAUACGGCAGACCAAAAGAAGAGCUUAGAUAAUGCCAAGUUUGAGCUCAUGUCUGAAGUUCAUAAACAUUUGCAAAGCUUUUCGCCUCGAAGCCUUAUAAGAGAUGGACAACUAACUAAAGAGAGCUUGAAAAGUUUGUUUGAUAAGAUCGAUAGGAACAAAGAUGGGAAGAUUCAAAUCUCGGAGCUUAAAGACUUAACCGUAGAGUUUGGAGUUUAUGGAAGAAUGAAAUGUGACAUCAAUGAGUUUGCAAACACUUUACUUGCUGAUUUUGACAAAGACAAAGAUGGUGAGUUAGACGAGAACGAGUUUGAAGAAGGGGUAAUGAAACUACUGAAUCAAUACAAGUUCGACAACCCAGCAGAUACUCCAAGACAGGGAAACACUUGCAUUUACAGAACGGCAUCAGAUUCCGUGCAUGUCAAGAAUCUGUCUCAAGGCGAGGAAGCUGGAGUUUUAAAGCUGGAGAUGCCAAAGCAAACCCUUGUUGCUAAAUUGCUCUCUUUGAGAACCUUAAAAGCUGUCCUUAAAGUCAUUGGUGGGAUGCUAAUGGUCCUGUUUCUUGCUAAACCAUUUAUGAUCAACAUUAAUCUCUUGUCGGUUACAGCUGGAGUUCCUUCUUUCUACGCUGUAUUUGCAGUGAUCCCUUUGGUUAGAAACUUGAAGAACACGUUAUCUGCACAUUUCUGUCGAAAGAAAGAUAAGGCAAGAAUCGCUUCUGAGAAAUUCUCUGAGAUAUAUAGGGAUGUUACAAUGAACAAUCUCAUGGGAAUGUCGAUUGUAUUGGCGAUUGUAUACACCAAAGGAUUGAAAUGGGAUUACUCAACAGAAGCUCUUCUUGCUGUGGUUGUUGGCCUUGCAAUUGGCUUACCGGCUUAUGUGAGAUCAACUUAUCCGUUUUGGAUUUCUGUAUUGGCCUUUGCUAUGUAUAUCUCCUCUCUUGUUUUAAUCUAUCUCCAUUUUCAUUUGAGAGGUCAGAACUAA